AGACACAAAAUUUUACUCACUAUCAUUUGCAUGUGACGCUAUAAAUCAAAAGAACACGCCCUCUUGUCCUGUUUCUUGAGCACUUUCUUUUCCUCUGGACCAUGCCUGAACCAGUUAAGUCCGUCCCGGCCCCUAAGAAGGGCUCCAAGAAGGCGGUGACCAAGGCGCAAAAGAAAGAUGGUAAGAAGCGGAAGCGUAGCCGCAAGGAAAGCUACUCCAUCUACGUAUACAAAGUGCUGAAACAGGUCCACCCCGACACCGGCAUCUCGUCCAAGGCCAUGGGCAUCAUGAACUCGUUCGUCAACGACAUCUUCGAGCGCAUUGCUGGUGAGGCGUCACGCCUGGCGCAUUACAACAAGCGCUCGACGAUCACGUCCAGGGAGAUCCAGACGGCCGUGCGCCUGCUUCUGCCCGGGGAGCUGGCCAAGCACGCAGUGUCCGAGGGCACCAAGGCCGUCACCAAGUACACUAGCGCCAAGUGAGCCGCCCGCCGAAAUCCAUACCCCAA